AUGCCUGCGCCUCAAUUGCAGAGCAUAGAUGGGGCCAAAAAGGCCAUCCAAGGUGCGUCUUCUCGCCUCUUGCCGCCUCUCCGACUUGCACGAGGUAGAGUGCUGAGCCAAGUCAAUGUGCAAAACAUAAAAUUGUCUUCAUCCUGCAUCCCAUCCCAUCUCGUCUUCACACCGCACCGCACCGCACCGCACCGCAUCGCACCGCAGACAUUCUCGAAGCCAUGUCGUCACCCGAAUCUCCCGGAUUUUCGCGCUACGCUCUAGACCCAUCAGUCAGCUUGACCCACCUCUCUCGUUCAGAGGAUCAAAAGAGCGCAAAAGUGGUGCUCAAGAUGCGCAUCAAUGAGGGCAUGGCCAAUCAGCUGGGUAACCUUCAUGGUGGGGCUGGCGCUACGAUUGUGGAUUGCGCCACUUCCAUGGUCGUGAGUGUUCCCGCUCGGCUUGCCCCCCUUGUCUAGUUGGUCCAUUGCCGUUUCGUGCUCAUCGGGGGGGCCAAAAGAGGAGGACUAAAAGGUGGAUUGCUGUGGGAAGGCAAAAGGCAAAGCCGGAUGGGGCUCGGAUGACGAGGACAGCCUGCAGAUUGCCCCAAGCAGGGCAAAAAGCUGGGCCUUGUACGGCUCUGCGCCCACAAGUCACGAAUGAUGAAGAGCGCAGUGUAUUCGAGCGGCGUGUUGUUCGCAGCAGCAAGUCGCCACCACCCUGAUCAUCUCGCAGCGUGUUGCAUCCGUCUGACGCGCAUCUGCCACAUCAUUUCACCUCGCGCCGCGCCCCCACAGCUCUACCUGCACACAUCCGGCAUCUCUGGCGACCCCUGGUCCUACCUAGGCGUCUCGCAGUCCAUCCAGAUGCUCUACUUUGCGCCCACACCCGUUGGCGCAUGGGUAGACAUUGAAGUCAACUCCUUGACCGUCGGCAAGAGCGUGGCUGCUAUACAGUGCGAUAUCUGGUUGAAGGAUGCAGAGGAUGGUAAGAGGUUGAGGAGGACUACGAGCGGAACGCACACAAAGAUUGAUAACUCUUCACAGGCGAAAAUGUGA